AUGGAGAGGGCGUCGUCCUUGGGCUCCAAAGCUCUUUUCCCCAAGGGCCCCAGCUUCAGCCUUGAGGACUUUUCCAACAAGGACUUUAUUGUCAGAGACUUUGUGGAUGGCCUCGCCGAAACCGCCGUCCCCGCCAACCGCCGCUCCGGCCCUGCAACACAGGCGUUCGACCCCAAGCCUCUGAUCAGGACUUUCGAGAAUGCCCUGUCGCAGCUGAGCUCGCUCUCGGAGGAGUUGCAGGAAAAGGAGUCAGAGAUCCUGUCUCAGGUCCGCCGCGCCGAAAACCAACAUGACCAGACCCUCGACACCCUCGGGCGGAAGCUCGAUCAGUCGAUGGCCCAGUUUGAGGCCCUCGACCUGUCACUCAACAACCCGGCCACGAAUGGCAUGGAGCGGUCGAGCAGGACUGAUGGCGGCGGCAAUAUCGCUGUCCAGAUCGGUGAGAGGCUCGAGGAUCUGGAUAGGAAGCGCAACAGGGCGCUGGACGCCAACUUUCUGAUUCAAUGCUGGCAGGAGGUCACCGAAACAGGGCAGCUCUCAUCCCUUCAAGACAUACAACGAUUGGGAGGUCCCGAUAACAAGGUUCGCUGCGCCGUUAUCGCCCGUCAAUUAAUGCGGAUAAGCCAGCGGCUGGAUCCAACUUCUUGGGGUCAGGCCAACGGGAUUCGAGGCAAUGGGAUUACCAAUGGGACUUCUCCAACAAGCCGACGAUACAACACUCGAGAAGUGAUUGAGAAGUUCUCCGAGACUCUAGAACAAGACCUCCUGAAACAGUUCAACACGAGUUAUCGGAAGCUGGACCACGAGAACAUGAUGGAGUGCUCCAGGGUUCUGUGGGACUUCAACGGCGGUGCAAGUGUUAUUGCUUUGUUUGUCAAUCAACACCAAUUCUUCAUCGACAAGGAUCGGCUCGUUGCGGACGAAGUGAACGCCGACAGCGAACUGUGGGAUCUACUCGCCGACCCUGACGCGGAGCCGCCGGGAAUUGAGUCCAGCCUGCAGGCACACCUCGACGACGUGAAGGGGACCAUUAUAGACGAGUCGCUUUUGGUCAAGCGAUCAUUCCCGUUUUACGAGACGGUCAUGAUCAAAUUCAUCCAGCGCAUGUUUCAGCAGUCGAUUCAGCAAAGGCUUGAACAGGUGCUGGAAAAAGCAAAUACCGUGUCAUCGCUUGCAUUUUUGCGUUCAUUGCAUGCAUCGCGAAGCUACAUCGGUACUCUGGUCGAGGACCUCAAGGCUCAUGGCUUGACAGAGCACCCCGAGCCGUGUACUGCGGCCGUGUCCCAGGCCUUGGAACAACAGCUGGAUGAAUUGUUCGUCCCGUACCUGAUGGGCAAUUCUUUCAUAGAACGAGAAAGAAAGAACCUGGAAGAGUUGAAUAGUUCGCUGCUCUUCAAGUUCACUGUCUACCACUCAAGAAGGAAGAAGGCGCCUAGCGGCUUCAUGGCCGCCAUUGCACAGCAAGGAUCGAGGAUCCUCGAAUCGGCCAAGGACGCAUACAUGGAGCGCCUAGACUCAUCCGAAUUGACGCCAACCCAAAAAGCUAUGAUGUUGAGGGUUGCCGGCAUCCAGGACUCGGAUAAGAAGAACGAGAUCGAGGUGUCGGAGGCAGACGGAUUGUUGAGCGUGGCGAACGCCAAACGUAUGAUGAAGUGGUUGGCUGAGAGUGUCAAGAGGACACUGGAGCUGGGCACAAGUACAGAAACGCCCAAGGACGUUAGCGUGCUACUCAAUUUACUGCUCAACACCAUGGGUCACAUGUACGUCGAGACAGCGCUUGAUGCCGCCUUGGAUCAGACUACUUCUCAAGAGAACAGCAAGACAGAGCCAGACCUCUCGCAUUUGCCCAAGAUCCGGCCCGGGGUAACCAUCACCAGUAUGAUGCAUCGGUUCAUCACCACGGUUUUGAUUCGAUUGGCGGAAGGCAACACGACGGUGCGGCGCGGCAUGGAAGCACAGGCAAAGGUUGGCAUUGAGGGCAUUGAGAAGAAGACUAACAGCAUCAUGAAGAGCGCCAUGGACGUGAUUAUCAAUUGGACGAGCAAGUCCCUGGCAAACAACCAGAAGAAGACAGACUUCCGCCCCAAGGACGAAGGCAUAAUAGAUAGCCUGCAGUCUUCAACCUGUCUCGGCAUCUGCACGUUUUUGGACAGGGCGGCGUUGCUGGCGAGCCAAACUAUCGAUGGGCACAAUCUCGAGGUGUUCAGCAGCGAGCUUGCGCUGGCGAUCCACGGGCUCCUAUUCGAGCACUUUAAAAAGUUCCCUGUCAACGCAACGGGAGGGCUCAUGGUCACCAAGGACAUCGCCAAGUAUGUAUCAACGCUCAAGGCGUGGCCUCUGACCAAGGAAGUGCAGGCUGUCGUCGAGAUUCUGUCCGAGGUUGGAUAUCUGUUCAUUAUUGGGCCCGAGGCGCUCAGGGAGAAGAGCAGGGGCUUGGGCAGUGGACCGGGUGGCCAUGGCGGGCGGAAGCUCCUCAAAGCAGAUUUCAAAGCUUUUGUCCAAAGGAGAGACGACGCAAGCAGUGUUGGCAUACAGAGCGUCAUCGCUGGAUUGUAA